AUGGUCCGCAUUGUGCCUUUUGCUGUGGAACAAUGGAUGGACGAAUAUGAAACUUGGGCAAAGUACAAUAUUGCGGAGACAUGCAGCGCAUCCAUCUCCAUCGACGAUCUCCGCUCCCUGUCGGAUGAUCCGUCGCGAGAUCCGCUCUCGACCUCGACGAAGCUCACUUACGGUGCGAUCCGGGGGUCCCAAACGCUGCGAUCGCACAUAGCUCGACUAUAUGCCCCGCCGACGGGCGACGACUCGUCGACUACGGUGUCGGCGGAGAAUGUUUUGAUUACGCCGGGAGCGAUCCAGGCGAAUUUCUUACUGCUGUACACACUCAUCCAGCCGGGUGACCACGUCGUUUGUCAUUAUCCGACGUAUCAGCAGCUGUAUUCGGUUCCAGAGUCGUUGGGGGCAGAUGUCAGCCUGUGGAAGACGAGCGGUGAGGAUGGGUGGAAGCUCGAUCUUGAAGAGUUAAAAGCGAUGGUUAGGCCAAGUACAAAGAUGAUCAUCGUGAACAACCCGCAAAACCCCACGGGAGCAUUCAUCUCGCAGGAGGUCCUCGCCGGAAUCAUCGACAUCGCGAGACAGAGCUCCAUCUAUGUGCUUUGCGACGAGGUGUAUCGACCACUAUUCCAUUCCCUGGACAAAACCGAAUGGCCGCCAUCCCUGCUGUCCCUGGGCUAUGACCGGUCCAUCGUGACGGGAUCCAUGUCGAAAGUGUUCAGUCUGGCGGGAAUCCGGCUGGGCUGGAUCGCUUCGUUACACAGGAGCAUCAUCGAGGAUUGCGCCGCGGCCCGCGACUACACCACCAUCUCCGUGAGCCAGGUGGAUGACCGGAUCGCCACGUUCGCGCUCGAUCCCCUGCAUGCGGGGAAGCUUCUGGAUCGGAACCUCCAGCUCGCGAAACGCAAUCUGGGUAUCUUGAAGGGGUUUAUCGAUGCGCAUCGGGACACGUGCGACUGGGUGGUUCCACGGGCGGGGACCACGGCAUUUAUCAGGUUCUCGAGGGAUGGGAGGCCGGUUGACGAUGUUGCGUUGUGCCAGAUGCUUCAGGACAGCAAGGGGGUCAUGCUCGUGCCGGGGCGCAGAUGCUUUGGCGAGGAGUUCAAGGGGUAUGUUCGAAUUGGGUAUGUCGCAGAGACUGAAGUGUUGGAGACGGGGCUGCGGGAGCUGGGGGAGUUUCUCAAGGCGGAAUACGCCAGCGUGCCAUUGAUAUAA